AUGUUGGGCGGGGUGCUAGAGAAAAUCCGACUGUUUGAGGCCGACAUUGAGCAUCACAUUGACAACAUUGUGCAGCAGAAGCUCCUCGCGGAUGUCAGCAAUAAACGUCACCAGAUCCUUCGCGAUCACUUCAUUACGGAGGAGGCGGAGGCGAUUCGCCCCAUUGCCGACAAACUGCUUGACUUGUACCUCGACCAGGACGACAUUGUCGCCGUGCAGGAGGCCCCUUCCGAGGGCGACGACGUGCUGAGUGCCGCCCUCAAGGAGUUUGAGGCACAGAUCGCCGACAUUCGUGAGUACCACCGUACGUUUCGGGACCUGCCGCCAGUCAAGACGGACUUGGACCACCCCAACGCGGCGGCAAUGGAGCAACUCUUCUCCGUGGGGGAACGCUACGGCAGUUGCCUCGACUUGGAGCCACACUACCACCACUACAGCAACUUCAUGUUAACCACGAGCAAACGGGCUCAAGACGAGGGCAACGCUGUUGGAAGCGCGUGGAAAGGACGUGUGGAGUAUUUUGCGUUUAUCCCCACCAUCCCAGACAUUAUUCUAAACGACAUUGAUGCCCACCGGAAGGUGUAUGGAUUUUCAAAGUACAAGGAGUUUGUUGACGAACUUUUGGCGUACCUUAUCAGCUUCCAUGAUCGCGCGAAGAUAACGGAAAAGGAGGUCUUGCUCUCAUCCCUUGCUAGGUGUGACACCGACGCGGAGGAAUAUUGGUCAAAGCUAAUGGAACAUAAGAAGGCGGUGGUGAAGAGUGUUAGCGGGAACAGUGUUGUGGGCUCCACGGAUAAGACUGCCUCAUCGUUAAUUGUACCACCCCCGCUUCGUAAGUACACAAAGGCAUUCGCACUCUGGCCCAUUACAUACCUGGAGUCUAUGACGGCGGACGGAACGGGCGCUGGCCCCUCCUUGGCGGACGUCAAGGCGGUGAUCCACGCUGAGGGCAAAAUUGCCAAGUUGCUGCAGACACUACUCUUUGACACCCUGCAGGAGACAGAAAAAGUCCUUCUGCGUGACUACAGCAAGACGGCGGAGGAGCUGGAGUGGGAGCGCAAGCGUCUGCAGGAGGAGUUUUUACAAUCGUUGGAGGAAGCAAGAAGGAAGAGCGCCACAACGGUGGAGGGCAGCGUCGCACAGGCCGCCCAGUAUGAUGUCAUGACUACAUUAAAUUCAACCGGUGAGUUGAAUCAGCCGAAUGAAAAUGCUCCCGCUGUGGAUGACACCGGCGGCCAGUUACUUGACCGGGAUGGGAAGCCUGUCGCGCAGUGGCUUAUACACCUGCAGCAGCUCCACAAAAAAUUUUACUGCGAGGUCUGCGGGGGGACAGUGUACGUUGGCCCAAAGGCUUUCAAGGAACAUUUUGGGGCAGAGCGUCACGCCGAAGGCCUCCGCCGGCUAGGGGUAACGGUGCAUUUGAAGGAAUAUGCAGGAAUUUCAUCUAUUCGGAAGGUCAUUGAGAUGCGGGACAAGGUACUAAGCAGCACUUCAAGCCUCCGCAAGCGCCUCCACGAGGAACAGGAGGGAGAGGAGAUGCAGGAUGCGCAGGGAAAUGUCAUUACAGCUGGGGCGUAUAAACGGUUUCAAAUAUCCCGGAGGGGCAUUUGA